AUGAUCUCCACUCCCGGGAACCGUCACAGGCUUUUUAUUACGGUCUCGGUGGGCUUCUAUGCCCAAUGGGUCGACAAUGUUGUUGUAUCAUACUACCUCUCACUAGUUCUAAAGGGAAUCGGCAUUACGAAAACCAGGGACCGACUGCUUAUCUCUGGCUGCCUUCAAAUCUGGAACUUGAUCUUUGCAACAGUGGGCGCGUCAUUGGUAGAAAGGGUAGGUCGUCGCACAUUGUUCUUGCUCUCUGGUGCAGCCAUGCUUGUGAGCUACAUCACAAUUGCUGGUCUUUCAGGAGGGUUUUAUGAGACGAACCAUCAAGCUGUGGUGACGUCUGUCGUACCAUUCCUCUUCAUAUAUUUUGCUGGUGAUGACAUUGCUUUGUACGUUCUCACCCUUAAAAAUGAACGAUGCGAUGACAGCAUCUUACUGAGAUCAUGA